CGAGGCUAAAACUAGCUAAAACUGUGUAAGAUGCCAAGCGAUUCAAAGUUUUCAAGGUCAAUAGAGUUAAGCAAAAAGAAUAUGGUGGCAGUAAGUUUGACAUCAUUGAGUAAAGAAGAAUUUACAAAUUUUAUAGAUUCUUUUGACACUGUAUUAACAGACUGUGAUGGAGUCCUCUGGCUUGGAAACACUGUGAUACUAGGAUCUCCAAAUGUCAUCAUCCAACUUCAGGAAAUGGGGAAGAGAGUGUUUUAUGUUACUAAUAACAGCUCCAAGACACGGGAUGAAAUUGUUUCAAAAUGCAGCAGGCUUGGUUAUCCAGCGACAAGGGACAACAUCCUAUCUACAGCAUAUCUAACUGCAUGCUACUUGCAAGAUAUAGUUUUUAAGAAGAAAGUGUAUGUGGUUGGAUCAAAGGGAAUUACACAAGAACUUGAUGCAGCCGGUAUCAAGCAUUUGGAUGUUGGGCCAGACCCCAUGUGCAGUGAUGUGGCCUCGCUGCUAAGGAAUGAAGUUCAGCUUGAUAAAGAUGUGGGAGCAGUGGUGGUUGGUUUUGAUGAACACUUCAGCUUCCCCAAGAUGGUGAAGGCUGCAACAUACCUCAAACAGCCCAACUGUAUCUUCAUUGGAACCAACACAGAUGAGAUCCUACCCACUGAGUUUCCUCUGACUGUUCCAGGAACAGGUACCUUUGUCCGAGCCAUGGAAACGUGUACAAACAGAAAAGCAUUUAAGAUUGGUAAACCCAGUCCUUAUGUAUGUGAGGCCAUCAUAAAACGGCACAAGGUGGAUCCCAAGAAGACUCUAAUGAUAGGAGACAGGUGUAAUACAGACAUACUUUUUGGAACUCGUUGUGGUUUCAAAACCUUAUUGGUUCUUACUGGGGUUACAACACUUGGAGAAGUUCAUCAGUUGGAGAAAUCCAGCAAUAAAGAAGACCAAGAAUUGGUUCCAGAUUAUUACAUAGACAGACUAGGGGACAUGCUACCACUUAUAUCAUAGUGCGUGUAGUGUAAUAGUUUGAAUCAGAUUCAUGUUGAGUUGUAAUAGUUCAAUAAAGAAUUAAAAGAAUU